CAAUGCUAGUGAUGGCGGUUGCAUGAGUGGUGCCCUUGAUUCGCUCCAACGGCCCUUGCUUUCCGCUUCGGAGAUGCGCUGGCUACGAGCAACGCACUGCUUAGGUCUUCUGUUGAUCGUGUUGGUGGCUCUGAUCUGGGUGGCGGCCUCGCAACUCAUCGAAACCAUUUUCAAAGAUCAGUCCUUUGACCAUCCAUACUUCCUCACCUACUUCAAUACUUGCGGCUUCACUUUUUGGCUCCUGGCCACAGCUUGUGCCAAACCGGCCAAACCAUCGCCGCCUGUCGAUGUCUCUCAAGGGGAGCAACUGAUGAGUGAACAGGAGCUGCGCUGCGGGCGACUCCGGAAGUAUGGUGCCAUGGCUCUUGUGGUGGGCCCGGCAUGGCUUGCAGCCAAUUAUCUCUUCAACUUGUCCCUGGACUAUACCUCCGUGGCAUCCAAUUCCAUGUUCUCAACCACCAGCAACUUGUGGACCAUGCUGUUCUCGGUGUGUUUUCUGGGAGAACGACUCAAUCCAUUUCAUGUCCUUGCGGUGAUUUUCACCAUGGCAGGUUCUAGCUUGGUAGCUCUGGCGGAUGCGGCCGAUGCAGAUGAUGAACAGAAGUCCAGCUGGGUAGGCGAUGGCUUAGCCCUCGUUUCUGCCUGCAUGUACGGAGCAUACACUGUGCUGCUGAAGCAUUGUGUGCCAGAGAACGAGGAACGACUUGCUAUGCCCACUCUGUUUGGCUGCAUCGGCCUGCUGGUCCUGGUUUUUGGUUGGCCUCUGCUGCUACUCUUCGAUCGUAUCGCUUGGGAGGACUUCGCAUGGCCCUCGAGAUCUGUCUUGGGAACCCUUUCGAUCAAUGCCUUGGUCGGCACCAACUUGAGCGACGUCCUUUGGGCCUACGCAGUACAGCUCACUACGCCUCUGACGGCCACGUUGGGUCUCUCACUGACGGUGCCCUUUGGGAUGAUCUCGGACGCGCUGCUGCGAGGCAAAAGCUUCGAUGCCCAAUACAUCUUGGGAUCUCUGUUGGUCCUUAGCGGUUUCCUCUUGGUUUCCUUUGCGGGGCCUCUCUGGACAACCGCCUUGCCACGCUGCCUGCGUUGCUUGGGACUGGAGGCCUCGAGCGGAGGCUCGUCCUGCGAAAGUUCGGACAGCUGCGAAGACUGACGGCCGGAGACUGCCCGCUGAUUUUGGUUGUCCCCACAGCUUGUACCAAGUAGCGGUGAGCGCAGCCGCUAUUGCUAGUAUUCUCUCAUCUUUUUAGACAUGUUUCGUAGAGAACCAUUGAUCAUUGCUAUAUAGUCUUGAGCAUUCAUCACAUUAUUUGGGUUCAGUAUGCCAAUAUUAUGCCAAUCAUACCCAAUCCCCU